AAUAAUUAUAUAUAAUAUGUAUACUCUACUCUAAUGAAUCAUUUAGACAUAUUACAUUUAUAAGGAGAAGGUGAUUAUCCCAAAUGACUUCUUCAAAAAACUUUCUCCAACUACUAUAGCUCAAUAAUAAUUUAUAUAUAGAAAAACUAAUGAUCUCAUUUCUCUAGUUCGCAGCUUGAUGAAAAUGAAAUUGGGGUGUGCACUUCCAGUGAUGUACAUGAUUUUGGCGUGCUAUAUUAUAUGUUAUACCUUUCUGAUGAGUUAUUGUCAUGGCGUUGUCGAAGAAGCAAAGACAUUAGAACGUAAUGAAGAUCUUGACAUAGAGCAAAAACUUAAGCUUAUCAACAAACCUGCGGUUAAAAUCAUAAAGUCUAUUAAUGGUGAACGGUAUGGGUGCGUGGAUUUCUACAAACAACCAGGACUUGACCAUCCAUCCAUGAAGAACCACACAUUUCACUAUAAGAUGCGUAUGUCACACCUCGAACGAUCAAAAAUGAAAAGAGAAACACAUAGUAACAAAACAUUUGGUUACUUUUGGGAGAAUGGUGUAGGUUGUCCUAUUGGUACCGUUCCUAUACUUCGAGUCACUAAAGAUGCUCUUUUGAAAAUAAAAUCCAUCGAUAGCGAUAAUUCUAAUCCGCAAAGUUCGUGGGGCAAAACCUACAAACCUACAUCUUCUAUUGAUAAUCAUCAUUUUGCUGUGGUGCGUACUACUAAAGGGAAACCAAAGAGUUAUAAUGGUGCGUCUAUGAAUAUUAAUACAUUCAUUCCUUCGGUUGGACCUAUGCAAUUCAGUGCUAGUCGGAUGCAUUUUCAAAUUGGAAAUGAAUUCAUCCAAGUUGGUUGGAUCGUACACCCGCAAUUAUACCAUGACUUCAACUCUCGGCUAUUCGUAUUUACAAAUGCGGGAGGACAUGAGUGUUAUAAUCUCUUCUGUCCGGACGGAUCCGGAAUGAUACUAGUUAGUGAAGAUUUUACUCCUGGUCUACUUGCCGAACAAAAAAGUAUUGACUUUGCUAUAAUGAAGGACAAAAUCAAUGGAAAUUGGUGGUUGUUAAUGGGCACCUCUUGGGAAGAAAUUGGGUUUUGGCCAUCAAGCAGAUUCAAAGAAAGUUCUGGUACAAGAGUAGAAUGGGGUGGUGAAGUCUAUAGUCCUUCGCCUCCAAAUCCUCCAAUGGGCAAUAGUCAUUAUCCGAAGGGGAGCCCCAUAGUAGACUCAUAUGUCCGUUUGAUCACGACUGUGGACGAAAAUUAUAAUACUGACAAAACUGUGAAAAACACUGAGAGGUAUUCAGACAGUUGUUAUAAAGUGAGAGAUGCAACAGAGACGUUUUUUACACAUGUAGGUCAUCUUAUUAUUUAUGGAGGCCCUGGAUGUAAAUAAACUUUGAUUGUGCUUAGCAUUAUUCCAAAAUUGUAAUAUCUGAAAAUAUCUGAAAGAAAUCAAGCGAAUAAAGUUUUUAGUAUUGAGAAAAAUAAAAUAAAAAGAAACUUAAGAGAAAUUUAAAGAAUACUUUAUAUCUUAGGGUUUAUUUAAGUUGUUUCACUUUGUUAGAAAGGGGAAAAAGAAGAACUAUUUAUAUAUUCCAAAUUUAGAAAAUAGCUUAUUUAUUGUAUCAUAAUCUCUAGAAAAUUCCACUUCAUAAGCUAAAUUUUUUUA